AUAUGCCGGAAAUCGACAUACAAGACGGCCACUCCGACUUUGACCCAACAUCACCUACAGACUCCGCACCUUCAGCAAGCUACUAUCAUACACCAACUUUACCACAUUCGACAUCUGCCGGAGUUGCGAAGAGAAGGAAGAACUCGAAGGUCAAAAUGAGCCCUAUACUCAAACGCGCUUCGUCAACCCCACAGUUAAAUGGACUCUCUGUCCAGGAGUCAGGAGGGCUAUCCCCCAGCGCUCUUGACAAGAGGAGAAACAAACUAGGCUAUCAGCGCAUAUCGAUCGCUUGCUGUAAGCGCAGAAAAAUACGAUGUGUCCUUGCGGAGGGUGACGAUAUGGGCAGAUGCAACAACUGUAUUCGUCUGAAGAAGGAGUGUGUUUUCUACCCUGUCGACUCAGCAGGAGGUCCAGAGAGUCGCGCGCAGACAAAGGGAUCCAAGGAUUCUUCAGUAAUCUCCAACUCCCCGACAGAGAUGCAUCCUUCAGGCCCAAAACUCGAGCACGAUCAUGAAAUGAGUCGUUUUCCUCACCUUGCUUCAAACGCACCUCCGGAAUAUGGCACAGUUGAUCCCAAUACGGGACUGGGCAUUUCUACAGCUAUCGCAUCCGAGUUUGCCUUUGCUCGCCCUGGCUAUCCCUCCAUUUACGCUGGUGAUAUAUCAGGAACUGAGCCUCCGACACCUGUGCACUGGAAUUCAUCGCAAAUGGGCGAUUACUCGAAUUACUCGACGACGGCUGAACAUUCCCCGAACGUAUACCCGUCUUUCGCCUACCCACCGCAAAGAGAUGAAUAUGCUCUCCAGCAGCCCCCGAUACGUUCUAUGUCAUAUGGACAUAUUGAACCCCAAUUACAAAGCUUUGCGCCCGGGGCUGCUCCGAUCGAAUACACAAGACCAGGUUCCUCACAUUACAAUCUCGCACCUCUGGACACAGGGGCACCACCUGGUACCAUCUCCGAAUCCUUAUCUACCCCCGUCACCAGCGAGCCUACCAUGACUCCGAUCGGUAUGUACCCUCCUCAAUGGGGCUACUACCAACAACAGCCCCCUAUGGGUAUGGAUUAUUCGUCAAGACACGAUUCUCUUCCCACACAAUGGUACCACCCCCAACAACUAGGAUCAGCCAUGACAGAGCACGAUCUGCAUCAUCAGCAUCCUAUGUCUCAAGCUCCGGGUAGCGCAUAUGUUAAAAGAUCC